AUGUCCGCCAAGGGUACUAGUAUUUCAGUGGGUCCACUCUGUCCACUCCUGGCGUGGCUGGUGGUCAGUAUUGUUCCGGCCGGUGUACUGGCCACCCCUCUGGACGACUACGUCAACAAGCCGGACCCGCACUACUCCUACCACGAGGUGUUGGAAUGGCGUCUGAAAGGUCCCGGCUACACCACCUACCUCCUCAACAUGACCUCACAACAGUGGCUAACAGAGAAAGACGUGGACCGAACCAUCUGGUGGCACUGGCUAACUGUCACCGUCCCGGACAACAUCACCCACCCUGAAGCCGCCUUCUUGUUUAUAGACGAAGGCAGCAACGACAACCCAGAAAGUCUUCCGUCUCACCACGACAACUUCAUCUCCCUGGCACAGAUGUUCGCCGUGUCCACUGGAAGCGUUGGGGCGAAUCUGAAACAGAUACCCAACCAACACAUCUUAUUUAAGAAAGAUCCGCUACAGAAGCGUCGAUCCGAAGACUCCCUUCUCGCGUAUUCCUGGAGACUCUUUCUGGACCACCCUGACCAACCGGACUGGCUGAUAUGGAACGCCAUGACAAAGGCAUCUGUACGAGCGAUGGACACUGUUCAAGACUUUGUGAAGAAAAACAACCGAUCGCAGCCUGAAAAGUUCCUGGUUUCAGGAGCAUCGAAACGCGGAUGGACCACGUGGUUAACGGGUGCAGUAGACAAGAGGGUGUUCGCUCUAGCGCCAAUCGUGUUCGACCUACUAAACCUGCGCAAGAACCUGCAUCACUAUUAUCGGUCGCUAGGGGGCUGGCCGUUUGCUUUCGGACCGUAUUACGACGUCAACAUCACAGGACGAUGUGAUGACCCGAGUCUGGAAACAAUGGCGGCCAUCGCCGACCCACUCGCGUAUAAGGAUCGUCUGACGAUGCCAAAGUACCUUACCGGAACGGGAGGGGACGAGUUCUUCCUGCCGGACAAUUCCUACUUUUACUGGGAUCAGUUGGAAGGAGAAAAAUAUCGUCGAUGGAUACCAAACGCUGAGCACUCUUGCGGUGGGCACGAAAUCAGCAUCUUAUUUGGACUUCGGGCCUUCUUCUUCAGCAUUCUGGAGGGUCCGAGAAGUGGGAAGAUAACACUACAGACUAACGCGGAGCCUGUGAUCAUCCGGUCUUUCCACGCACGAACACUGGAUGGUGUAAGACGUGACUUCCGCUUGCUAAAUCAACCACCAGGAGAAAAGGAUCCCCAGCCACACCCUGUCGUCUGGCUACCCGAGGAUGUAGAAGACAUGGGAAACGGAACGUACGUUGCGGAGUUCGAUUUCCCAGAUGUCGGCUGGCUCGCCUUCUUCAUCCAGGCGACCUUCCCAGCCCCACACGGAACUGUUCUGGAGUUCACCACCGAGGUGCACGUCAUCCCGGACACGUUCCCGUUCCCAGAGUGCCACGGGGACGACUGCAGGGGCGUCAUCGUUUGAAAAGACGCUUUGAAACUUUAUUAGAAUGGCGCCCUUGAGCACACCACUAGUCUUCCUGAACUUCUCAACAAUAACAAUUACAUACAAUGUACAAUUACAUACAAUUUCACCAUGUAUCUAUGUAUAUGUAAGAACACACAAGUCAGCCCUGUGGGCUGCAAGUUGUUCAUUUGCAAUAAACCAAUUAUUAUAUAGCAGUUAAUGUAUAACGACGAAUGUUGUAGUUCCAUACCAUCUAUUGCCUCUACCAGGCUCCCCAAGUUGCUGGGAAAAAUUGUGGAAAUUGCAAAAAAAUGAAUUGGCAAAAUAGACUGAAUAGAAUG